UCCCCCGGUUCCCGGGUCCGCGGCCCCGAGCGCACAGAGCUCAGAACUCGGAGGUGCCCGAGGCUCCCCCGGCGCCGUCCUGGGACAGGUGCGAACCAGAGGCGUUCCGAUCCUCGGAGUCCCAGCCUGGAACGUUCGGACCCUCGGAUUCCGGCCUCGAAUGAUCCGACCCUCGGGUUCUGGCCUCGAACGUUCGGGCCCCCGCGGCGCUGAGAGCCCCGAGUGCCAGGGCGCGCCAGCCGCGGGCUCGGAGCCGCGGGCCCGAGCGGGACACCGCCCCCGCUCCGCCCGUUCGGAGCGCUCGCCCCUCCAGGAAGCACCCGCCUCGUCUCCCCACUUCCCUCCCCACGCCCGCCCCCCUCGGCCGGAGGGAGGAGCCCGAGCCGCCGCCACCGCCUCCCGCCCGGCCCGGAGGAGGACCGGAGCCCGCGCGGCUGGAGCGCACGCGAGCUGGCCAUGGCCGCGCGGGCAGCGCCCUGAGCCCGUCCCGCGCCCGCGGGCCCGGCCGAGCAGGGGAGCGCCGGGGAUGCCCCGGCGGCCCGGAGCGCGGGCAGCGGCAUCCGCGCGCUGAGGGCGGCGGCGCCCGCGGGACCCGCGACUGCCAGGAACUGCUGCCGCCACCGACCCCCAUGGCCUACAUCCCGGGCAGGGGCGCCCCGGCGGCGGGGGUGUCCCCCGUGGGCUCCCAGUAUUGUGUGUGCAAGGUGGAGUUGUCGGUGAGUGGCCAGAGCCUGCUGGACCGGGACAUCACCUCCAAGUCUGACCCCUUCUGCGUCCUCUUUACAGAGAACAAUGGCAGGUGGAUCGAGUACGACAGGACGGAAACCGCAGUCAACAACCUCAACCCCGCGUUCUCCAAGAAGUUCGUCCUCGACUACCACUUUGAGGAGGUGCAGAAGCUCAAGUUCGCCCUGUUCGACCAGGACAAGUCUAGCACACGGCUGGACGAGCAUGACUUCCUGGGCCAGUUCUCCUGCAGCCUGGGCACGAUCGUCUCCAGCAAGAAGAUCACUCGGCCUCUGCUGCUGAUGAAUGACAAGCCUGCGGGGAAGGGCUUGAUUACGAUUGCUGCCCAGGAGCUGUCAGACAACCGGGUCAUCACACUGAGUCUGGCAGGCAGGAGGCUAGACAAGAAGGACCUCUUUGGGAAGUCAGACCCAUUUCUCGAGUUUUGUAAACUGGGAGAUGAUGGCAAGUGGAUGCUGGUCCACAGGACUGAGGUGAUAAAGUACACGCUGGACCCCGUGUGGAAACCAUUCACUGUGCCACUGGUGUCCCUGUGUGAUGGGGACAUGGAGAAGCCCAUCCAGGUCAUGUGCUACGACUAUGACAACGACGGAGGCCACGACUUCAUCGGCGAGUUCCAGACCUCGGUGGCACAGAUGUGUGGGGCUCGAGACGGCGUCCCGCUGGAGUUCGAGUGCAUCAACCCCAAGAAGCAGAGGAAGAAGAAGAGCUAUAAGAACUCGGGCAUCAUCAUCCUGCGUUCCUGCAAGAUAAACCGGGAGUACUCGUUCCUGGACUACAUCCUGGGAGGCUGCCAGCUCAUGUUCACCGUUGGGAUAGACUUCACAGCCUCCAACGGGAAUCCCCUCGACCCUUCCUCUUUGCACUACAUCAACCCCAUGGGCACCAACGAAUACCUGUCGGCCAUCUGGGCUGUCGGGCAGAUCAUACAGGACUAUGACAGUGAUAAGAUGUUUCCAGCUCUGGGCUUCGGGGCCCAGUUACCCCCAGACUGGAAGGUCUCCCAUGAGUUUGCCAUCAACUUCAACCCCACCAACCCCUUCUGCUCAGGCGUGGACGGCAUCGCCCAGGCGUACUCGGCUUGCCUGCCCCACAUCCGCUUCUACGGUCCCACCAAUUUCUCUCCCAUUGUCAACCACGUGGCCCGGUUUGCGGCCCAGGCCACACAGCAGCAGACGGCCAUGCAGUACUUCAUCCUCCUCAUCAUCACGGAUGGGGUCAUCAGCGACAUGGAGGAGACGCGGCACGCCGUGGUGCAGGCUUCCAAGCUGCCCAUGUCCAUCAUCAUCGUGGGCGUGGGCAACGCCGACUUCGCCGCCAUGGAGUUCCUGGACGGGGACAGCCGCGCACUGCGCUCCCACACGGGCGAGGAGGCAGCCCGCGAUAUCGUGCAGUUCGUGCCCUUUCGAGAGUUCCGCCACGCAGCGAAAGAGACCUUGGCCAAAGCUGUGCUGGCGGAGCUGCCCCAACAAGUUGUGCAGUAUUUCAAGCAUAAAAACCUGCCCCCCACCAACUCGGAGCCCGCCUGAGCGCCGGCCUGCACCCAGCCGCAGCAUGCCAGCUGGGCCCCCCGCCCGCCCCCAGGAACACCCUCCCCCAGGAACACGCACGCUCACCCUGCUUCCUCGUGGGUGGCCUUUUUUUUACCGAUCCACGUUUUUAUUUUUUACAACCGGACCUCCACCCCCAACUUCCCCCAGCCCAGCUGGGCUUCCUUUGUUGGAGUCACUGAAGAUGCUUCCAGGCCAAACUGGCUUCCUCUCCCCACCCCUGCCACUCUUAAGUACUGAAUGUACUUUGUACAAUUUUAGUGGAAUUACUAUUGUUAUUAAAGAGAAUAAAAUUUUUACAAUCAUAACUGGCUUUUUCCAAGUAACUAGAUGCAGACUCUGAAAGGAACGUGUCCCCGGUGCAUACUUUGUGUCGUAGCCUGCACCUAAUUCCUGCUGUUUUUUUAAUACUGUGACCAUGUUCUAUUUGUUAUACUCAGGGUAAUAAAGGAGUUUCAGAUG